AUGGACGGUGCGACAUAUAUAUGUGUAAAACAAUUUAACGCGAGACUAGGCGAUGAGCUAAGUCUCAAGAUUGGCGAUAAAAUACAAGUAUUGGCAGAUGAUCGAGAAUACAACGAUGGAUGGUAUAUGGGCAAAAACUUAUUGACCGGUGAUGUGGGCUUGUAUCCAAAGACUUUUACACAAAUAUUGGCCAAUGGAGAAGAAAAGACGCUAUUGAGAUCGAGGUCAAGAAGAGUAAUGACACCACCAACAAAGGUGCAUGCUAACGGUAAUGGCAACGUUAUCAAUAAUAAAUCAGCCAACAACAACAACAACAACAACAACAGCAAUAGUAGUACAACAACUACUACUACUACUGCCGCCGCCGCUGCUGCAACUGACUCAUAUGAAUCUGACUCAAGGCUUGGCGAGACAUUUAAUAAGCUUAAUAUUUCAGGAUCUCACUCAUUUUCGUCUUAUCAUAUGAACAGCGAAAUCGACAAGGCUCUAGAAGAAAUACAAAACCCUGGUUACCAGAAACAGUUCAAGCCAGUAAAACAGGCUAAUCUGACGGCUAAUGGCACAUCAUCUCAUUCAAGAACAGUAUCUACACGGUCAUUAACUGACGAUUUGAAUCCUUUAUUUGCAAACACAUGGACAGCAAAGCAAGUUUCCUCAUAUUUUGCCUUGGUGCUUGGAUUCGAUCGCACUGUUGCUAAUAAGUUUGCCAAACACAAAAUCACUGGAUCCAUAUUAUUUGAACUAGAUUUGGCACAUUUAAAAGAGUUGGAAAUAGACUCGUUUGGAACUCGAUUUGAAAUACAUAAGGAGAUUGAAAAAUUAAGAGAAAUGGCGGCGAGAUCAGCAAAGCUCAAACAAUCAAGAACAAAUUCACAAUCAACUGGGUCAACUAAUAAAAAUGAUACUACACAAACUACUUUAAACUCAUCACCAACAGAUACCACUGCUUUCCCAUUAGAGGAUGAUAAACUGAAGUUGUUGCUGCUGCUGGUGCUGCUGCAGUAUAAUAAUCUAAUGCCAUCAGCUUUUUCUGAACCGACAUCAAAACAUCAAAGAAAAAGAUCUCAAUCAAUGAUUAAUAUAUCCCAAGCUGACUCAUCUUUCAUGUCGCCUAGAAAAGCACCAGAACCACCAGGUGACGAAAGUCCCAUAAACACAAACUUCAAAUUUGGCACGGGAACAGGAACGGGAACGGGGGCAACUACCAGCAGUAGUACCAUCACAGAGCCACAUUAUGGCUUAUACAUGACAAGGAAAAACGCCUCAAGUCAUGCCUUGGCUUCGUCACCUAGACCACCGUCCUCUAUAUACGAUCAGGGCUCUCAUUAUAGACAAGGAUCACUGAGUUCCAAUCACCGUCAGUACAAAUCCCCACAAUCGAAUCACAAGAGACAUUCCUCAUUAUUUUCAUUCUUGUCAAAUGGAAAUGACGGGAGUUCUGCAGCUGCUGGUGUAGCAGGCUCGGCAUCAGCAACUCCGCUUCAAACAUCGAAUGGGAAAUUCCAAAGUAAUAAUAUUAAAAAGAAUGAUGAUAAAUUGAUUUCACCACCACACAUAAAAAGAGAAAAUGGUUCAACGACACCAAGAAAAUCUCAAAUAUUUGAUUUUUCUUCACCAGUGGAUAUCGACGACGCCAAUUUGUCACCAAAAAAGCUGGAUUCGGUCAAAAUAAAGUCCAAUUCUAUUGACGCUUUGAAAGACGACAGGAGAAUUGCAAGUGAUCCGCAACCGCCAACGCGUCCCGGAACCUCCAGGUUAAAGAGUCUUCGAACAACAUCGACACAAAAUUUCCGUAAUCUUACGGGAUCAAAGAAGCUGAAAACUUCAGCCUUCACUGAAGGAAUCCGCGACAUCACUCCCGAAGAAGCUAUCAAAACUGCUGGUUAUAGCGGAUACAUGUCUAAACGUUCAGGGAAUACAUUUGCUUGGCGUACGAGAUAUUUCACUCUUCAUGGAACAAGGUUGUCGUACUUUAGCUCCCUAAAAGAUAAAAAGGAGAAAGGAUUAAUAGAUAUCACUGCACAUAAAGUGAUUCCCAUUAAUGUUAAUGCUGAAGAUGUGGAAAAGGCGGACAAGUAUGCAGCAAUGGUUGCUUCAACCACGUUUGCGGGAAAUUAUUGUUUUAAGAUUGUCCCACCUGCUCCUGGUUUCAAGAAAGGGUUGACGUUUACUCAACCUAAAAUUCACUACUUUGCAGUUGAAUCUGAGAACGAAAUGAGAGGGUGGAUCAAGGCAUUGAUGACGGCAACAAUUGAUAUUGAUGACUCGGUUCCAGUUGUGAGUAGUUGUUCCACACCAACGGUUAGUUUGAUUAAAGCGCAAGAACUUUUGGCAAAAGCAAGAGAGGAAAAUAAGUUGAAAGAUGAAGAAUUGAGGGCCAAGGGUUAUAUUCGAGGUGACGAAGAGUUUAUCAAUGACUCUUCUUUCCAAUCAUCAAUGUAUUCAUCAUCUACAUUAGCUCCAGAGUCAACAAGGGGACCAAGUUUGACCAUUGACACCACUAAUAGGAAAAGCUCAACAUCAAAUACUGCUACACAUUCGGUUACUGCUACACAAGCAUCUGUAGCGCCGUUAACUCCACAGAUUGCAAGAUCAGUCAGUAGUAGUCAGGGAGGUUUUGCUUCUCCUUACUUACUAGCGUCAGGCUACAUGUCUCCGAAAUCAUCGUCUCCUGGUGGUACCCCAGCAACCGUUAAUUCCGGUCACUUUGGAGAUAUUCCCAGUUCAUUUAAACCUCCAUCAAGUCGAAAUUCACAGCAAACUAAGAACCAAGCGCGAGGCACUAUUUCAUCCACUCCUUACUCGACUGCGUCUUCGUCAAAUAAUUCCCAAAUAAAUAUCGAUAGCCCAAGUGACAAGUCACCUAUGAUCAAUACCUCCACUUCCAACUCAAGCUCGGCACCAUCGGCAGUAGCUGCUGCCGCCGCAAGAACGGUACUUGCCAACUCAACAGGCAAACUUUUGAGCGGAUCAAAAAAGUAG